UAUCGUCGAGCACCUGGCACGCUAGCCUCACUUCCCUCCCAUAUACGUGGCAAAACCCCAGAAGCCUCCGAACACGUGUCACCCACCCAACUCCACAUACCACCACCGCCAUAGCUCCAUUUCCAUUACCAACCCUUCUUCGUCAUCUCAGAACGCAAGGAACCAAAAAACCAUGCACCGGGUCAGAGCCUCCCUUAGGUUCCCCAAGCCCACUGCGCACAACUUUAUCUCACGCCGAUUCUCUCACCGCGAAACCGCUGGGCCCGUGGCCUCUCUCCUCAAGUCCCGGUCCGUGGUCCGGUUUCGAGGUCCGGACACAGUGAAGUUCCUUCAGGGCCUGCUGACCAACGAUGUACGGAGGUUCGGUGAACCAAUGGGUGAGAGAACCUCGACCUUGCCCACACCCAAUUUGUCCGCCGUGUCCGUUCCUCCUAUGUACGCCGCGCUCUUGACCCCCCAGGGAAGGUUCCUGUACGACCUAUUCUUGUACAGGCCGCCGAGGCCCGAAGCCAAGCUCGAUAGGACGGGUUCAGGGCCCGGGCCCGACCCGGACGAGUCGUUGGAGCUCUUUGCGGAUGUGGAUGCUACUGUACUAGAUGAGCUCUUGGAGACCUUCAAGAAAUACAGGGUGAGGUCUAAGGUUGAGAUUGAGAAUGUGGCAAAAGAUUUCUCUUGCUGGCAGCACUAUGGUAAGAACCUGUCUGAAAAGUCCUCAUCUGCAGAAGAACCAGAGGCUGCUAGUGUUGGCUGGGGUGCUGGUGUUGAUCUCACUGCCAGGUCAGCUUCACGUGGAGUUGAUCUUGGAUGGCAAUGGUUCAUGGAUCCCAGAUUAGAUUCUCUAGGUUUCAGGGGGAUCUUCCCAUCAGAUAUAACACCACCUUUGGUUGAGGCUGACAAAGAAACAGAUGAACAGAAUUACCUGCUCUGGAGAUUACAAAAGGGUGUUGCAGAAGGGUCGACUGAGAUUCCAAAAGGUGAGGCGAUUCCGCUUGAAUACAAUCUUGCGGGUCUGAAUGCAAUAAGCUUUGACAAAGGGUGCUAUGUUGGGCAAGAGCUUGUAGCUCGUACGCAUCACCGGGGUGUGAUCCGCAAGCGUUUGCUUCCUUUAAGGUUUCUCAAUGAUAGAGGAGAAGAAAUGGAGCAAAAUGUCAGUCCUGGCUCAGAGGUGAAGGACACAGCCUCCCACAAGAAGAUCGGUGCCGUGACGACUGCACUUGGGUGUCGAGGGCUUGGUCUUCUGCGGUUGGAGGAUGCCUUCAAAGGAUCAGGUACAUUGAGCAUACAAGGACAGGAGAAUGUGAAGGUGGAGGCUAUUAGACCAGAUUGGUGGCCUGCCGAAUGGUUCCUAGAGCAUCAACGGCAGCAUACUGCAGUUGCUUAGAGUGCUUCUUCAGAGAAAAACAAUACAUCUUUGGACUCAGAUCAAUCCUACUUACUAUCUUCUUGUAGUUCUUCUUUACAUUUUC